CUCGAACGACUGCCACAGUCGCAAACGAGUGUCUCGGUCGGUGCAUGUUUUUCUAUAUUGCUUGUCAUAAUAUCGCCAACAUUGUUAAAAAUAUGCAAAAUAAGUGCCUUAAAGUAUUUAAAGUGUCUUUUCUUCACCGUGAAUGUGAUUUGAGGAAGAAAUUAUCUUCUAGUUGGCGGUAAAAAGUUUCUGCUUUUUCCAAAGGAAUUGAGAUUUCCUCCCUUUUUCUGUGCUUGCUGCGUAUGUGUGUAUACGUGUGUUGACAAAGUGUUUGACAACUCCUGGGACUGCUUAAUGGAGUAGUGGUCUGGAGCGAAUAAUGAAAAAAUAACGCCAUCAGUGAAAUCAACAAAGAGUAGAAUUAUAUGGAUUAGAAAUCGUACUUGGUUGAAUCGAUAAGUUAUUAGUUUCUGAGUGACGCAGUGGUUUGCAGAAAACAGGGUCGAUGACGGUGUUAAGUGAUUAUACAGUGGGCCUUUUUCUAGAGCGAUUGUGUUGAUAUUGAGUACGCUUCUGUGUAGUUACGAUGUUUUCCAAAAAGAAGAAAAAGCCGCAGAUAUCAUUCCCGAGUAAUUUCGAGCACCGUGUUCACACUGGGUUUGAUAAACGGGAAGGGCGUUAUGUUGGUCUACCAUUGCAGUGGGCAUCAAUUGUGGGGAAUAACCAGAUCUUAAAAUCUACUAAUCGACCGCUUCCACUGAUCGAUCCAUCGGAGAUCACGCCCACAGAAAUUUUGGACCUUAAAACUAUUGUUCGGCCACACCACAAUCCAAAUUCCAGCGCAGCUUCUACCACCAGUAGUGAACCAGGAAAACUGGUGCUGCCAAAAACUUCAAGUGUUGCUCGAUCUAAUUCUUUGCGAAGCUCUAGCCCUCCGAGGGUACGACGUGGAGAUCUACGUGCCAACACUAAUGUGCCUCCUUCAGUACCGGAAGAACCGAUACACCUUUCAGGCAAUCAAUCUCCAUUUCCUUCAGCCACCAAUAACUUUCCGUUGAUACCACCCAAACAGCAUUUUCCUGGUAACUUCCAUCAUCCCCAUCAGCAGUCGCAUACGAAUCCUUCCUUCCAUGAUAAUCAAACGAAUUUGAACUACACCGACUCACAACCUCAGUCACACGUACACCAGCAUUCCCAUCAGCAGUUGUCAUACAACCAUCACCAUCAGCAGUUGCAACAGCAACAGCAGCCGGGGGCGCAUCAUCAUCAUCUAAAUGGGAAUGUCGUGGGGCAGCAACCAAAUGUAGCAACCGCCGCUGGCAAUAAUGGUACCAACGGGAAUCACCUCUCUAAUCCGGUCGACGUGUUGACCGAUGGUGCAUUGAUGCUGAACAACAUGUCCCAGAAAUCAUCACCAACUGGAUCGGAAAGUGUACUUCGGUUUCCACAGCAAUCCUACCCCGGUCAAUAUCCCGGAUCAGCCCAGGGGCACCAGCAGCAACAUGGUACAGGACCACCGCCGCUACACAGCAAACCCAACUUCAAUAAUUCUCCACUGGGAGGAUCCAUUCAAUCUACUAUGCCCCCGGCGCACACCAACCAUCACCACCAAAAUAUGCACGGACAGAUGCAACCUGGUAUGGUCGGUCAACCACUGGACUUAGGCCCUGGACAAACUGCCACUCAUUAUCAUCAUCAUCACCCGAACCACUUGACUGGACCUGGCGGCGGCACUCAGCAGCAACAGCAGCAGCUUCCAGGUAUAACCCAUCACCACCCGCAGCAACAGCAACACCAACAAACAGCACCAGGUGGUAUGAUGAAUGGACCUGGACAUUUUCAAAACCAUCAUCCCUCGGGCAUGCAUCACAAGAUGCCAUCGCCUGCCUCUGUAACAGGAUCGUCCGUUGAUCAAAAUGUAAAUAGCCUUAACAAUAACAACAAUCCCAGUACAAAGGCCAACUCGCGUGCGUCCAGCUCUAGCGGAGGCAAUGUUUCUGUUGCACACAGUACGACAUCUUCCGUGCAAACUGGAAACGUGAGUCAGCAAGGUGGCACCGGAACGGCAAAUAAAUCAGAACAGAGAUUGACUCACGAACAAUUCCGAGCGGCGUUGCAAAUGGUUGUUUCCGCAGGUGAUCCGCGGGAGAACUUACAGAACUUUACUAAAAUUGGCGAAGGGUCUACAGGAACGGUUUGCAUUGCAACAGACAAAUCGACAGGCCGACAAGUAGCAGUUAAGAAGAUGGAUCUGAGGAAGCAGCAGAGACGCGAACUGCUGUUCAAUGAAGUAGUUAUUAUGAGAGAUUACCACCAUCCAAACAUUGUCGAAACAUACAGCAGCUUUCUGGUGAAUGAUGAAUUGUGGGUCGUAAUGGAAUAUUUGGAAGGUGGCGCAUUGACCGAUAUUGUAACCCACUCACGUAUGGAUGAAGAGCAAAUUGCGACGGUUUGCAAACAGUGUCUGAAGGCGUUAUCAUAUCUCCACUCACAGGGUGUGAUCCAUCGAGAUAUUAAAUCUGACUCCAUUUUAUUGGCCUCCGAUGGGCGUGUAAAGUUGUCUGAUUUCGGAUUCUGUGCUCAAGUGUCACAAGAACUGCCGAAACGGAAAUCUUUGGUGGGCACACCUUACUGGAUGUCCCCGGAAGUGAUUUCCCGAUUGCCAUACGGUCCUGAAGUGGACAUUUGGUCACUUGGCAUAAUGGUUAUAGAAAUGAUUGAUGGCGAACCACCAUUUUUCAAUGAACCACCGCUACAGGCGAUGCGUAGAAUCCGUGACAUGCCUCCACCAAAAUUGAAGAACUCUCAUAAGGUGUCCAGCAGAUUGCAGAAUUUCCUAGACCGUAUGUUGGUUAGGGAUCCUGUGCAGCGUGCUACGGCUGCAGAGCUGCUAGCCCAUCCCUUCCUCCGACAGGCGGGACCACCAUCACUGCUGGUACCGUUAAUGCGAGGAGCUAGACACGGCAACUGCUAGGUAGGUUUGUUUAUGAAAUAUUUCAAACAACAGAUACAGUGACACGGUUUUUUAAACGGAAAGUGACCUUAGAAUUGUACAUAGAAAAGUUUAUAGCUUGUAUUCUGAAAAUCAUUAAAUUUUAAAAGUUGCUGUCCAGUUUUGCACGUAUGAUUGGAUUUUUUUCCAAUUACUUAUUAUCAUUUUUACGAAAGUAUUCAAUGUCAAUCUGACGAAAAAAAAAAACUACUCUCGCCUUACUAUCUAUACAAUAGUUUUCUGUAAGAAAAUAUAAUUAAUUUUUUUAUGUAACGAAUAGUUAGGAAAAUCACACGCCUUUGUGUUUCUUUAAACAAUAUCGCAAAAAUGGCAUACUGAGGAGAGUCUAAGCAAUAUGGUGGUAACACAUAGAUUGAUUUUCUUAUAUCGCAAACUCUUAAACAAUUUUUUGGAUUCCGCUUUAGGGAAAUCUCGAAUUACUUAUUAGGUAUCUAUCAGAAAAAUUUCACGUGCAACAACGAAUCGAAGCCAAAUGAUGGUAGACCUUCGCAAGCUACCCACCUUACCAAUAACUUCAGAAAUCUCACAACGAACAUCAGACAGUAUGUACUUUUUCGAUCGUACACCUGCUAACGAAACAUUCCUACAGUAUUUCUAUAUUACACUUUGGUUACUCUCAAACGAAUCCAUCUUCCCAUAGGAAGCGCAUUUACAAGAAAAUCAGAUACAGCGGUCUAAAUAUAUAUAUUUGCCAUUUAAUUGUUUUAAUAUAUCGUAUAAAAUCAUUUGGAACGUUAUUUUGUUUUAGAAACGUAAACCUAGUAUUGUGUAGUGGAACUAUUCAAACUUUGUGUUUAAUUUAUGGUUAUAUGUUAUACUUAAGUCGCCUAUGAUGCCUCCUGCCGUCCUGGAAUUUCUGACAAACCGAAAGUAAUCCGGCUUGUCUCCCAAGUAUUUAUACCACACCAUCAUACGAAACUUGAAUGCAUUCAACUUGGUGAACUCAAGAAAACAGAAAAUUACUCCUUCAUUCCGUUUUCAACAACUCAACUAGCAACGACAAGGACUGAAUUUAACAAAAAUCGAAAAGCAACUGAAACAGUAGAAUAAAUAAUGGCAGCAAAUGAAUUUAUAUUUUACUGAUGGUAGUUAUUUUAAAGUUAAUCACCAAGCUAUCAUAAUGAGAAGCCUAUUUUAUUCAAAUAUUAUUGCGUAUUAUAGUGAUGUAAAAACAAAGUGCGUAAGUUGAGUAUAUAUAUGAAUAUUACUUAAAGCUAUUGUACGCUAUAUGUUAUUAAUGUGUAAAUCUCGAAAGAUUUUAAAUAAAGAUAGUAGAUAGUUAAACUAAUAAGAUGAGUUU